UGAUUGUGAUUCUUAACCUAGGGCAAUGGCGCGGUUUACGUUCCUUAUGUUAGUGGCGCUCUUGCUGGCUGUAGAAGUGUGUGGACAAUCGGACCCUAAUGAAGCGAACGGUCUCAUAAUCAUCAAGCAGUCUUCGGGCGCCCCCCCGGGGUUGAUAACUUGGAACGGAACGGAUCCAUGUGGGUCUGCAUGGUUGGGGGUGCAAUGCACGCCAGCGAACGGGGACCAGACCCGAUACGUCACGGGACUGCAACUCCCGGGCUUUGGGCUUACGGGUACCCUCUCCCCCGCCUUGGGCCAACUGCCAAAUCUGCAAAUCCUUGACUUGAGCCAAAACGAGCUUGAGGGGGGCAUUCCUCGGGAGUUCAGAAACCUGACGCAGCUCGAGCAACUGGACCUGCACAGCAAUCACUUGGUGGCGACGCUGGACCCAUGGAUUGGUUUCAUGCCGCGUCUAGUUCGAAUGGACCUCAGCCAGAACUCCGUGUGGGGGCCCCUGCCGGACUCCCUCUUCCGCCUGCGCUCACUGCAGCAACUCAAUCUGGGGGGGUGCAUCUUCACGGGGAAUCUUCCCGCCACUGUCGUGAACCUGGGAAACCUCCAGCUGCUCAACCUUAGUUCCAACUAUCUGAAAGGGUCCAUUCCCGCGGAGAUUGGCCAGAUGACCCAGCUGCAAGCCCUGCUACUGCCAAACAACUCGUUUAGUGGCAGCAUCCCUCCAGAGCUCGCCAACAUCACAAAUCUCAAUUUCCUGUACUUGCAAGGGAACAAUCUUUCGGGACCGAUACCCACUCAGUUGACCGCAAUGCCCAACCUUAUUGCAAGGGUGGACGGCAACCCCUUGUGCCAGCAACUUGAGAACCAGCCCUUCUGCGCUGGCAAUCCACCCCUCUCCGUUGGCAAUCUGAAUCCCAUGCCCCCCCCUGCUCCCGUAAACGUCACUUCAAGCGUCAUCGUUCCGGUUGCCACGUUGAACGGCACUGGCAGUUCCGUCGUCUCGUCACAAACCCCCCAGAACGGAACGUGCGCCCCGGGAAGUACUCAGGGGUGUGUUUGCGCGACGGGGCAGCCUGGCGGGGGGGUGUGCUCAGGGGACGGGACGGCGGUGCUGAACUGCACGUGCGAUCCUUCUGGCUCUUCCGGCGACAACUGGAGCACCACAGCGACUGUGCUGGUCGCCGUCCUCCCCGCCCUCUUUGUGUUGGCCCUUAUCGCGUUGUGCUGCUGUUGCGGGCUCAUCUUCUUGCGGCGGCGGAAACGAGGCGAGAGGGAGAAGAACCUGGACCUGUGGAAGGAAGACUUGGAGAGAGCCGGCAUCGAACGCCAAGCUCCUGUUGGUUCCGCCGGGUUUGAGCGCCUUGCCAAAGGACCCAGCACCCAAGUCAGCAGCCGUUCCACCACUCCGGGGGGGGCCUCCACCACGCCUUACCCGACCCCCCCUUCCAGUAACGGCACCCGCCUGCACUCCCCCCUCGGCGAAAACGGCGACUACAAGGACGGUUUCAAGAGUCCGCCCGGCCAGGUGUCAAACCCGCUGUACGACGCUCCGGGGGGGGCGGCAAACCCGCUGUUCACCGAGGGGGGGUUCGGGUCGCUCGAUGUGUACGGGGCUGAGGACCCCCCCAAAGUGUUCACGUUUGGGGAGCUGGCGACUGCAACGGAAGGGUUCAAUGUGAAGCAUUUGAUUGGGAGCUCAGGGUUCGGGCGGACGUAUCUGUCGGCGAUAGGGGGAAAGAGUGUUGUGGUCAAGCGGCUGCACGAACUGCGGGAUUUGGGCGUGCUCGCCAAGGCCCCCCCCAAGGACCGUUUCCCGGAGCAGGCGGCGCUGAUGAGCCGGCUGGAGCACCCCCACCUGAUCCACCUCGUCGGAUACUGCAACCAGGGCAGGGAACGCUGCCUCGUCUUCCCGUACGUACCCAACAAGAGCCUUCAAGAAAGGCUGCACGGCACGACGUCUCCCCGCUUCAUCGAGUGGCGUCGCCGGCUGACCAUCGCCGCCGAGUCCGCGGGCGCGCUCGCGUGCUUACAUCAGCAUGGCAUCAUCCACCGCAACUUUUGCUCCAGCAACGUGCUGCUCGAUGAGGACAUGGGGGCGGUCGUGUCGGACUUUGGCACCGUUCGGUGGAGCGUCGAGGAAGGGCCGGUUGCCGAGGAAGUGACGUCACUGCUCAUCGGGGCAGGCGGGUACAUGGCGCCAGAGUACGGCCAAGGCGGCGUCACGGAGAAGGCUGACGUGUACAGUUUCGGGGUGGUGCUGUUGGAGUUGAUGACGGGCCGGCCCGCGGUGUCACGUGACGGCGUGGCGCUCGCGCAGUGGGCAGGGGAGCGCAUGCAGAGCGACCUCAAAAACGUCGAGGGGAUCAUCGACCCGCAACUAGAGGGAUCCUGGCCGUCCAUCCCCUUCUUUUGGACGGUGGAGCUGGCACAGGCGUGCAUCGACCCCUACCCCACGGCCCGGCCCGCGAUGGCCGACGUCGAGCGGGCCAUCAACUUUGUUCUCCAGCACGCAUCAGAAACGCCCACGACUACGCUCGGCGACAAGAAACCGGGGCACAGCCGGGUCUCAAGUGGAAGCUCUCUGGGCUACACCGGCCGUUACAGCCUCGACAGUGGUGGGCACAACGACAGCGGUGGGCACAAUUCGCGGGGGAGCUCUCUGUCGAGUAUGCUUGCUGGGGUGGGGCCGGAUGACGUUGCCGCCGAAGAUAAGAGUGACGCCGCGCGGAUAGAUAAAGUGCUUGCGUGGAAGUAGGGUUGUGGAGUUGUUUGUUGUUGUUGACGAGGGUUUUUGCACGCGGGUUGGGAUGAGCAAAAAGGAAUGCAAGAUAGGCUCCUAGCGUGGCGAUAGGGUUUGCAGUUGUUAGGGUCACGGGUUGGGACGACUCUGGCUUCGCGCGUGUCCGAACAAGUACAAGCAAAUCUUGCGAGUGAUGAGAGGGCGCUCGGGGUCAUGGGCUACAUGCAAAGUCCUUUCGAGUUGGCCCAAGAGCGCCCUAGUAGAUGUCAACUCACUCUCAAGUGCCCGGGGGUAUGUAAAGGAGUCUCGACCCGGGUUGAACACAAAGCGACCUUAAGAUGAAGUGGGCUAGAAAUGGUCGGGCCUAUGGUCCUCUUUCAAACUUCCAACCCUACUAAGCGUAAUUGACACAAACAUCGCGUGCAUAGGUAGAAAGCAGGACAAGACUCACUCGGCCCAUGCAAAGGGUUUGUGUGAUUGAGUCUGUGAACACGAAGGGUUUGCGUAUCUAUCAGGGCUGCCUUUCCUCAAGCUUGCGAUAGGUUGCAAUUGAGUUGCGGUCUAGUAGCGUGUAGGAACUAAUAUUGGAGGACCCCAUUUGCAUGACGUGCUUGACUCCAUCGUACCUCUAGCUUUGGCCUUUAGAACAGUAGGUGUCUGAGCGUUGCCGCUUGCUGCAAUAUCUGGGACUGUCAAAUCUCAAAUCCUUGUAGACGGUCAAACUCUUGUCGGAGGCAGGGUUGUUGCAGGCGAUAUCUUUUCAUGCGAGGUAUUGCAAG